ACUUGCACAGGUGCUUUGUGAGUUGGCAACCUGUCCUUCACGGAGCAUGAGCUCAUUUGAUCUCCAGGCGCACUCUCCAUCACGCUGCAGCCCCCAGUUUCCCAACAUCGGCCAGGAGCCCCCCGAGAUGAGCAUCUAUUACGAGAACUUCUUCCACCCCCAGAACGUCCCGAGCCCACAGCGGCCUUCCAGUUUUGAUGGCGGAGACUACGGGGGCACCCCAAACCCUUACCUGUGGCUCAACGGCCCAUCCCUCACCCCGCCGCCCUACCUGCCGGGCUCCAACACCACUCCCCUGAUCCCCCAGCCUUAUGGGGUGCAGAGGCAGCUCCUGCCCAACAUGCACAGCCUGGGGAGCCCGGAGCUUGGCUGGCUGCCCAUCCCCUCCCAGGAGGAGCUGAUGAAGCUGGUCCGGCCCCCAUACUCCUACUCGGCGCUCAUCGCCAUGGCGAUCCACGGAGCUCCGGACAAGAGGCUGACUCUCAGUCAGAUCUACCAGUAUGUGGCAGACAACUUCCCCUUCUAUAACAAGAGCAAGGCUGGCUGGCAGAAUUCCAUCCGGCACAACCUGUCUCUCAAUGACUGCUUCAAGAAGGUACCCCGGGACGAGGAUGACCCAGGCAAAGGAAACUAUUGGACUCUGGAUCCAAACUGCGAGAAGAUGUUCGACAAUGGGAACUUCCGCCGGAAGCGGAAGAGAAAGUCGGAUGUCACGUCCAGCACCGGAUCCCUGGCGUCUGAGCCGUCCGAGGACAGUCUGCUGUCCGACAGCCCCAAGGCCGCCGAGCACCAAGAGGUCCUGGAGACUUCCUCCCCGGAAACUGACAGUUCCCCUGAAAAGCGGUCAUCCCCGCCGGCCUCCAGCACCCCGUGCCUCAGCAGCUUCCUCUCCAGUAUGACCGCCUACGUCAACGGCUCCAACUCUGUUAGCCGGUCGGCGCCCAUGGGACUGAGCAACGAAGGGGCAGACAAGGUGGGACAGAACGCGGUCGGCUUCAAUUCCUAUUCCCCGCUCAGCGGCAUCCCCGGCCACAGUCCUGGGCCCGAGUGGCCCAGUCCCGUGCCUUCCAGCCACCUUGGCUACAGUGGCUCCGUCCUCAAUCAGUUCAACACCCACUUCUACAACAGCAUCGGCACCAGUAGUGUCCUGUACCCCAGGGAGGGUACUGAGGUUUAAAUUGGAGUGACUCUAGUCCCGGACUGUCGAACUCAGGGACUGAGGGAGCCCCUACUUCCACAGAGGCUUAGGAUCCCAGCUCACUCACCUGAACCAAGACUGAUUUGGGGGUGGCUGACGGGGCAGUGGGUUGCCUGGCCCAGCCUCACUUCACACCCACUCACUCAUACACGUGGACACAUGAAAAGCCAGAGAUGGUGCAGGUUGGAAGUGGCGGUUGCCCCAGAGUAAACGUGUCUUCCUGGCUUAGCUGCAGCCAAGAGUGGCCAGUCUACUAAGCCUUGACUUCCACCUCACAGAUUUAAAGCCCCAAACCAGCCUAGCUUCUCUGUUGCCCAAGUUUAGCUUUGGUACUCUGAGUGCAUGGGCACAAUUCUACAGCACACCCCAAGCCCUGGACCUAGAAACAAAGGUUAGAUUAAUCCAGCAGAACCUAUUUGCUUAAGGGAAAUGCCUCAUCCAGGGUCAGUAAUGACACCUUCCCACCCCAGUGAGCCCCGGACAGAGACAGCUGAGCCCCCCCGUAAAGUAUUCAGGGCUUAGUUUCAUGUGUGCCAAGAGCUAAUUGAGGCUUGAAGGCCACCUGUAAAUAUUGUUCAAGAUUUUCCUUUCAGAGUCCCUGGGAAUUUAGAAAGUGCAAAGGGAAAAUUCAGCCCUUCCUUUUUAUAGACGAAAAGAGAGACCGUGGACUCCAUCUUCUGGGCAAACAGCUGCAGCCACACCAGACACUGUCAGCACUGUUGGAAAAGACUGAAGGGUAGGAAAUUUGCAGAACUGUUUUGUGAACAACGCAACAGUGGUUGUGAUUUGUGUAUCUAUUUUGCA